UUGUUGUAAAGAUGGCUGCCUUCAUGAGAGGCAUGUCAUCCUGUAUUCUUAAAAUUGAACGAGGUGCAGUUUUGAGAAGAGGAAAUGAUUACAUUGUGGAAACAAAGAGAUACGUUCGAGGAUUAAGAAGAAAGCCGGUGCAAGUGUUGUAUCCAAAUAGUGAGAAGGUACCAACAUCGCAGCAGAGGUUAGAUGAAAUUAGCAAGCUGGCUCCAUCUAUGACUGUGGGGCACAAGAAGAGUUUUAAAGAAAUCAAUGUGCGUAGCAACUUCUUCGCUGAAACAUCCAAUAAUAGCAUCCCCAUCAAGCCCUCUGAUUACUCAACAGUUUCAGACCAAAUUGACGGACUCCGCUUUGAGAAGGCCUCCCCAGGUGAUAAAAGGCUGGCGAGGUUGGUGAGCGUUGCUCGCUCCAGGACCUAUCGGGAGCUACAGGGUAAGAUACUGCUAGAGGGGAGGCGUUUGAUUUGUGAUGCCUUGGCUGUCGGAGCCAACCCCCAAAUGGUUUUCUUCAGCUCUGUGGAGAAACUCAGCGAGCUGCCCUUGGGCAAGCUGAAGAGAGCAACCCUGGUCAAAGUCAAAUUUGAGGACAUCAAGAUCUGGUCUGACCUUGUAGCCCCACAGGGCGUUAUAGCCAUAUUUUCCCGACCAGAUCCCUCCCGCCUGGUGUUCCCCAGGGAUCAGAUGGGACAGUCUGUCCCACUGUCUCUGAUAUGUGACAAUGUCCGAGACCCUGGGAAUCUAGGCACCAUCCUCCGCUGUGCUGCUGCUGCUGGCUGUCGGGAUGUUCUCCUCACCAAGGGCUGUGUGGAUGCCUGGGAACCUAAGGUGUUACGGUCAGCUAUGGGGGCCCAUUUCCGCCUCCCCAUCUUUCCUAGCUUGGACUGGAAGGACAUUCAGAAACAGCUCCCCAGCCCUGUGACCGUACAUGUGGCUGACAACUGCAGUGGCACUGAGAGAGCAGGGCAGGAAGUUGGAGACUUGGAAGUACAGGAAUCCAAACAACAGUUAAAAGCAGGGGAUUAUGGGUGGGUCAGCACCAGACCGAAUCGUAAAUAUGUACGCUACGAGGACUAUGACUCAGAGUCUGAGCAGGACUCGGAUGCAGAACUUUCACUUCCAAAAGUGGACACUAGGCUGUAUCACGAGAGGUGGGCUCAGAGCAACACUGCCCUUGUAAUUGGUGGAGAGACGCAUGGACUGAGUCUGGAAGCUCUUCAAUUGGCUGAGAAAACAUUGGGCCAAAGGCUUUUCAUCCCUGUGGUUCCUUGGGUGGAUAGUCUCAACUCGGCGAUGGCAGCCAGCAUCCUUCUCUUUGAAGGCAGGAGGCAGCUGUUAGAUUUAACAGAGACAUCUGAAAAGAAAGUUAAAGCUUGACUCCCGCAACAAAUGCAGUAAUUUCCAUGGAAUUCCUUUUUUAGUGCAACUUUUUUUUCCAUGAUGCUCAGUUUCCAAGUGCAAACAUUCAGAAUUAUUCUUUACUUCAUUGUCCUCAUUAUGUCAGAUACAAUUAUUUUGAUAAAUGUUACCUCCAUAAUAUAUGCUGUUCGGCUAUUAAUAAAAGUUAUGAGAUUUAGUCAGUGGAAAACUGGUGAUAUUUUCACU